UACUGCAGGUUGCUUAGGGCUUGCCUAAUAAGGAGUGAUUUGUUGUUGCUGACUAAUCUAUGGACUCUGAGAUUGCGCAACAUCACUGGAGACUGACAAUACAGACAGAGCAGGACAGGAGACGAAAGAAAGAAAAAAAAACAGCAUAAUGCAAAAAUCAGCUUAACAUAAGUUCGACCGGUGGACUAACCUUAGUAUACAGGAAGAGAGGAGUAGCACAAAAAAAGAAGUUACAUACAGACUGUGUCUGCCUAGUAGUGUGAACACACGAGGGCAAGAAUUUGCUUGCCAACUUGUGGUUGAGUGAAGAUUGAAACCCAUUCAAAAACUGACAAUCACACUGUGUAAGAGAAGAAAGGUACGGAGCACAGUGGUGUAAAGAUGCUCAGGAGAGAGAUUAGGAGCGCAUAGACUGAGAAGGAAGUCGGGCCCCUGACGAGACGCAGCAAGGAGGAGGAUAGUGGAUCAUUAUGGGAGUCAAAUGCAGGGCUUUUGUUGCCAUUGUCUUCAUCCUCCUUUUGUUUGGCUCCAUGUGGCUCCAUGGGAAUCUGGCGGACCACUGGAAUACUUGUCCAAAGGUUUAUAGUAUGAAAAACAAGAUUCUGUCUUUCAUUAGAGUUAAUAGUUCAGAUGACGAUGUGGCUCCACUGAGGGUGUGUCCUGGCCAGAGGUUUCAAGUUGCUGAUUUGCUGGCUCACCUGCAGGCAGCUCCAGUCUCAGCCAAUGAUGUUCUGCUAAAGCCGUACCUGGCAAGCUGGGAUGAGCUUAUCAAGUUUUUGGAAGCCUUGGGGCCAAUGGUGGGUUUAAUUUCACAAGAAAUUGAGUCGAAAACUGCCAUCAUCCGUGACCUGGCCCAAAAAGCGGAGAAAGAGCCAGAGAAGAAAAUGAAAGAAAGAAAAAGAACGCACCAGCAAAGCGACCCAGUCUUAAUGAUAUCUCAUAACAGCUCGUCAGAUUACUCUGAAAUGAAUCACAGACUCUCAUUUGGUUAUACUUCUGUUCGGUCUAUGAUUAAAUGGGAGCUGGAGAACGGUUUGGUGGACUUCCACAAGCAGACAAACUCGGGCUGCAGGACUCUGUUGCGCUUGCAUCGUGCUCUGCUCUGGCUGCAAAAUUUCCUGUUGGAACUGGGGAGGGACACAACUGAAGGAGAGCAUCUACGAAGCCCUUCUGACCUCUGCAAAGAGACUUACCUGCGCACACUGGCCCACCAUCACACCUGGUGGGUAAGGAAAGCAGCGGAGCUGGCCUUUCUUGCUAUGCCUGAACGACCUUAUUUCUACCUGUUGGUGUGUGUGGAAACGCAGGCAGAAGCUGCUGUGGUGCUGAACAGGAUAGUGAGAGCAAUAGAAGAAGUGUACGAGAGAAAUGAAGUCGCUCUACAGGAACAUGGCAUGCUGGACCUACCCUGAGCGUAGAAAUAAAGAGAGAGAAAAUCAUGGGAGUGGGACCAACCUAGAGAAUAGGGCACUAAAUUAUAAGACUGGAGCUUUGAACCCUUAAGAGAAAAGAAUGACGACUGCUGGAUAAAUACUUAUCCAGGCUGAUUUAUUUGGUCUUGCUUAUAUACUCAAAGAAAGAUACGUUUUCUUAAAGAUUUAGUGACCAAUUUUCUUAAAUUAUUUGAACAAAUUCAUGACAACUGGAAUGGGCCAUUUUUAUUCUUUAUCUGUUUGUAAAAAAAAGGUUGCCAAGUAAGAAAAAAAAUAAAACAAACAUUUCACUAUCAAACUAUUAAAUUCACAAUUACACUAUUACAGUUUUGUUGAUAAAACAACUAAAUAUACAGUAUACUGUUGGUGCUAAUGUAUGACCACUGUCCAAUACUUGAGUACCUUUUGCAUAAAGAGAACACAAUAAACCAACAGCACACAUUUUUAUAGUUACUAGGCAAUGGAUGAAAAUUAUGAACUGGUAAACAUGCUGUGUUCAGUUCUGUGUUCAGUUUGGAGAAAUUGGAGAAAGCCAUGCACACAUUGAUUCUUGUGAAGAUAUUAGCAGUUUUCAGGUUUGCACCAAUAAUAGUACUAGUCGAUUGUGAAAGAUGCAUUAAUGCAUGCUCAGCAAAUGGACAGAUUUGUCCGAAGUCCUGUUUUAACAGAAGACCUUUUUUUACAAUCCUCAUGCUUAUCAAAAGCAGUUUUAUAACGGCGUGACUGAUACCUGAUGGUUGUUCAGGGGAUAUUCUCACAUGCACACCUACAUUUAUUUUGGUAUCGUGACAUAACAAAUCAGAUAGCAAUCCAACUUCUUUUUUUGGUAUGUAAAAGUGGCUCUAUAUGUAGAGCACAGAGGUGUUUAGACAAGUCUAAAUUAUAUUAAUAACUUAAUUUUUUAAUGCUACUGACAUGCACUAUAGAAACAUAUGCAAUAUAAAAUUAAUGAGAGAAUUUGACAAUGAAAAUAU